CUUGUCUGUGGUUGGGAGUGGCACAGCUUGUUCAAAGCGAUAGCCGUGUGGUAGAGUUGUAGAAAGAUGGGGUCUGUAUUACUUUUCAGCUGAUGCAAUGCAGCAGAGUAAAUAAGUUUGUGCUUGUUUUUUUAUUUGCUUUUUCUCUGACUUCACCUCUUAGUCUUUGGGAUGGAAUAAAAAGGAAUGUGGGGGCGGCUGCAAUAUUCCUCCCUGCAGAAUAUUGUUGUUGGUCUGGGGACUCAGGGGAUAUGGGAACAGCCUGUGUUGUUAACUUCUCAUAGCCAAUAACUUCUGGUUUAAUUGUACUGCCCAGAUGAUGGAGCUGAUGCAUCAGGCUGUAGUGCUAAGCUUUCUCAGGCUGGGGCUUCUCACAGUUUGAAAUGUUGCUACUUUUUUUCCCAUGUCUAGCUCUUGGGAUCUUCAGAAUUUGCAAGGGGGCAACUUCUGUGAAGACUAUGAAGUGCUUAGAUUCCAUGGCAGUAAGCAGAAUAGAAAUACAUAUUUAUUGAGAUGCAAGAUGUCUGCCCUGAGGCUGACUUCUAAUAGAACUUCCCAGCAGGCCACGUCUAACUCUGAUUACACCUGGGACUACGAGUACUAUGAGUACGGACCAGUGUCAUUUGAAGGCCUGAAGGCUCAUAAAUAUUCCAUUGUGAUUGGAUUUUGGGUUGGUCUUGCAGUUUUUGUCAUCUUCAUGUUUUUUGUCCUGACCCUGCUGACGAAGACAGGAGCACCUCAUCAAGACAAUGCAGAGCCUUCUGAAAAAAGAUUUCGCAUGAAUAGCUUUGUGGCAGAUUUUGGAAGACCUCUGGAGUCUGAGAGGGUCUUUUCUCGUCAAAUGGCUGAAGAAUCCCAGUCACUUUUCCAUUUCUGUAUUAAUGAAGUGGAACAUAUGAACAAAGCAAAAGAGAGUCAGAAAGGUCCAGGUCUGGAGAGCAAUAUCCACUUCCAGGAGGUUCCCAGAAGCAGUGGAGUGUUCGAGGAAGACCUACAUUGUCUUCCAAAAUUUAACAUUCCUAACUUUGUGAACACUGAGCAGAACUCUUCAUUAGGUGAGGAUGAUCUCCUCAUCUCAGAGCCACCAAUCAUUUUAGAAAGCAAAUUGGUCAUGCAAUCUUCCCAUCGGAUCCUUGACUGAAAAAACCUUUUAUGUUAAGGUAAAAGAUUGUCCAGUUUGAACCCUUUCUUGGCCUUCUGCUGUUUUGACAGAAGGUAUUUCAGACCUGUGCUUUUUAUUGUAUGUAAGACUGGCUGUGCUACUAGAACUCAGUUUAGACAAGAAGUAAAACACUAAAUGCUUUAUUAUGAUGUUUUCUGUGGUCUAAACUUUUUGCCCAGCCAGCUUUAUUUUUGCUUCGUGAUUUUUUUGUUUCUUGUUUUGUUUUUGGAUUUUAAAGGACUGCUUAUGACCAGCUUCUGAAGGAUCCUGUAACAAUUUAUGAGGACUGUGAAGGCUGGAGCCUGGUACUGGGAAGUGUAUGAAAAUUCCUUGGCCAAGAAAAGUGUAAAUCUCAAAGUGAGACUGAAGUAAGGAAUAAACAGGCAGCCUCUGGGGAGGUUCUGUAGCUUCUGCUACUUCCAGUAACGAUGCCUGAAACUAAGCAGCACAAUAAAUAUCUGCUUGGGAUUAGCUUCAGUUUCUGAUUCCUAACUGGUUUUGGUGUAGGUUAAAGCCAAUUUACAAAGCUUCCAGAGGGAAUACCUUGCAAAUUAAAUUGUUUGGCUACAGUGUUUACAAAAUGCCAUCACCACAUGCUGCUGACUAAAAGCAAAUUGGUGCCUGUACUUACAGUACUUCAGAGUGACAUUCCAACAGCUGCCCAGUGAUGAUGAGGAAUUAGUAUUCUACACACAAACACAGACCGUGAUUUGACUCUUUUUUUUUUUUUUUUGGUUGUUUUAAUUGCUGAUGUGAACUUCCAGUUCAGUAAGUGUAGGAUUCAAUAGCUUAAUCACAGGAAAUAAGAAAAAAACUAUUUUUCUUUUGCCAGUGCAGUUACUACAUGCAAAUGUAACAUUAAGCUGGUGUUAUAUGUUGCUUAUAGGCUGAACCUUCCUACACUUUUUGGCUUUAUAAACAGCCCUUUCUUUAUUCAUGGGCCAUGGAAGGGCUAGCAGGCUUUGAAUUGUUGAGAGCACCAGCUCCAAAUGUGAAGCUAAGCUCUGCUUGCUCCAUCUUCUUUUUGUACUCAAUUGGGAUGGUGUUGCAACCUCAGCUACUCUCCCAAUUAAAGGUUUGUCAAGGAAUUGAAUGUGUAGUUUCAGCCUUUAUUUUUUAGAGACAGAAUAAGGUUCUGAACCUUAGAGAGUACUUAAAUUAUAUUUCAGCUCUCCUCAAAAGAUGGUAAUUAAUGACCAAAUGGUUUUAGAGCAAGCACAGAAGAUACAGAGGGACCAGGUUCAAAUCUUUUGCUUGAUUUGGAGUAUGCUCUGCAGGAAAUUCUUAAUUGAAAUGAAAAUAAGUGGAUGCCAGAUACUGUGCCUGUUUUUUAUUUUUUUUUUCUGAAACUGACCUAGUUUGUACACAACAUGUCUGUGUCGGAGGGAAAAUGUAGUAGUGGCCUGCUGAUACAUUCUCCAGACACUUAAAUGCUGAUUAAUUAAUUCUUCCUUCACCUUACAGAUAGGAAAAAGUAGUGAAUGGGUUGAAUAUUUAAAGAAUUAAAAACGUGUGGGAAACAUAUUUGGUUUUUAUCUUCUGUGCCCUUGUUAUAAACCAGUUAUUGCUAAAUUUCCUGUUUUCAAAUGUAAUUCUUACACUACUUGCUGGUUGUUUAAAGUAAUGGGAUUAUAGUUAAAACAAAGCAGAGACUGUUUUAAACUAGCAGAUUUUUGUUGAAAAUAUUCCAGGAGAAGAGUGAAGUGAACCCUGUUCUAAAUGAGCACGGCUCCAUGGGCUGCAGAUCUCCAGUAAAACAUUUCAAGUGCAGAAAAGGCCUUCUUUCACAGGAAGUAGUUAACUACAAGUUUGAAGGCUGCAGCUGUGGACUGCUCUCUUCCCAAAUUAAGAAAUUUGGGAAAUAUGCCUCCAAAUGUGGCAACUACUUCCUGCUGAGGCAUUUCAAAUAACUGCUAGCUAUCUGAACUGAAGCUCAACAUUGUUCUUGCUAACAAGUUCUGGGACUUUUACUAAGCGUGGCUUUUAUAGCCUAUUUCUGAAUUAGUGAGCUGCCUUCAGUAAUGAUUGAGCCAUUCUUCUUAAUUUUUUUUUCUUCCUUUGCCAUGUUUCAAAGCAGAAAUGCUGCUUAAAGGAGAGAAAAAUCUGUGUAGAAUCCCUCUCUUCUGCAAUCAAGAAAUGAAGGGUUUUUUAAAAGCAUUUAAAACUCUGCUUCCUAGAACCAUUUAGGUUGGAAAAAGAUCUUUCUGAGUCCAGCCAUUAACUCAGCACUGCCACAACUAAACCAUGUCCCCAGGUGCCACAUCUAUGUGUCAUUUUAAAUCCUCCAGGGAUGGUGACUCCACCACUUCCCCAAGCAAGCCUGUUCCAGUGCUUGACAAGCCUUUUGGGGAAGAAAUCUCAAAAGUUUCAGAUGUUUCAAAAAAUGCAGGUCUGAUUUUAGAAAAAGAAAAUGCUGCCAUUCCCAAUAGGCUAGCCUAAGUUUUUCUUCUGCUACCUUAAACCUUUGUGGCUUUUCUUUGGGUGUAUAAGUGCUACUUUGGGGAGAAAAGGGGGAAGCAUUUUGUGUAUGGAUGCUGGUGACAGUGCCUAGAUGAAAGGUAUUUAAUAAAAUGACAAAGAGAUAAUGUCAACUUAACUAAUGCCACAUUUGAAUUGUAUUCUAAGUGUCCUUCUGAAGCAUGUAUUAAUCCUGUAAAGCUAUUUAAGUGUUUGGUUCCUGCCUCUGUUAUUCCCCGAUGAUGGUUAUACUUUUUACACCUUAUUUCCCUUCUAUUUUUAAAGUCCUUCAUGUUGCUUUUUACAGAAAAAUAACCUGGCAGUCCCCACUGCAAAGCUCUCACACCACUUCAGAGACACAGUGGCAGCAACACAGUCUGAUUCAGUUUUUCGUUCUGCCUCUGCAUUAGAGUCAAAGGCAAAUGCAGAAACGUUCUGCAGUCUUCAAAAACAGUUAUUUUAAAGGUUUCUUUCCUUUCUUUUUCUUUUUAGGAACUAACAGAGAUACUUUGCCUCAGGGGAAAGGGUGAUAUAUAACAUGUUUAAAAAAAUUCAUCGUUAUCCAGAAAACCAAUAAAUGCAUUCAUUAUGAAGUGAAUAGAAAGUGUUCUGACCAGAGUAAUCCUUCAAAAUGAAUAGUUGGAAUUUAAUGGUGUUUGAAAAUGGAAUUUUUGUAAGUUUUUGUAUUGUUUGGCCUCAAGCCUCUUCUCAAAACUCACUAUAAAUGAGUGAGUAGAUUUAACUGCAGAGAUAGACAGCUCCUCUAAGAUAACUACAUGCAUAAACAUGUCUUGUAUUCUUUAAGAACUUACUAGGUUGAGUUAUUUAUUCCAAUUUUCAAAGGUGAAUACUUGCAAAAUGUUCUUCUAUGUAAACAAGUUUUAGCUGUGUACCUUUUUUAAAAAAAAAAACCCAAAACCUAAAAUGCAAAAUCAGAAAAUGCCUGCUCAAUAUAGAAAAGAAAGGGAAAGGUAAAACUGUAAACUUCUAUACUAAAAUCUAGUGCUAUACAGUAGUUGAGACUAAAAGGUGAAGUAAAUGAUACAUGUUUGUCAUGCAGUUACGUAUUUAUUCACCUGAGCUCCAGAUCUUGAAUACUGUAACACGUUUUUUGCCACUUUUUAGCCUCAGGUAUGGCAGAUAUGGGCGCUGAAGAAAUGAGGCUGCACACACACACACACAAUUCGAUUUCGGAUUUUCUCCACAAAUCUCUGCAUUCCCCUUUUAUUAACCUCUUCAGGUAAACAGAGCCUGCUGUUGCCAUUCAGUUAACUAGAAUUCCCAGGACUUCUUGCACACUCAGUGUUUUGAUUCACACACUCCCUCUCAGCUCCAAGGCCGAAACACUCCCUUUUGGUUCCAAUUAACUGAAUGAAGAUGCAUCUGACUCAGCUUGUUCCCACACUGGGUAGUGACAGGUAGCCAGGACAGCAGAAGGCAGAACCUUCUACCACACGUUCUCCAACAAGAGCAAGAGUUGGAGGCAUGUGCUUUCUUGUUUUUGGACAAGAGGUAUGUGGUUAGCUUUAUGAAAGGCUAAUUAUAAUUCAGUUAUCAUGGAACUUUCUGUUCAAGAGAGUCAGGGCAGCACUUGAUGCAAGGUCCUCCCCUCCCUGCAGAAGUGGAUUUGCACAGCUAGUGCUAGUAUACCCAUUAUUUAUCCUUAUAUUUUCCAAAACAGGUGAAAUAUGGGAUAGAGUGGCUGACUUCAAAAUGUAUUAUGUGCUAUCAAAUAAAGUCUUCAUACAUGAUAA